CCUCAUUCAGCAAAUCGGAUAAAAAAAGGAAGCUUCUCUGCUCAUAUUGUCAAAACAACCUGCAAUGGAAUUAGCAUUAAAAUACAGUGGAUAAGUGUGUUUUCCUAGUAGGCUAAAUCGCGUGUCUAUCGUCUCCUAGUAGCACGGUCUCCAAGGGCCGUUCAACACACGACAAAGGAGAUACUCGGAAACUAAAGAGGAGGGAGGUGGGGACAGAGGUUGAGAUAACAUAUCCCUAUCACCGCGGACUGGAUCGACGGAUGUACGAGUGUAUCUGAGGAUAUUUUUCUCCCUCACCAACUUCUUCAGUUCCUAUAUUCCUGCGUCUAAGGGCGGUCUUGCAUGCCUUUUUUUUCCAAGUCGCCCCAUUGUUUAGGCGUACUGAAAGGAAUGGAGUGCCUGAUGUAGCCUACGCUUCCAUGUAUCGAGGAUGAAUGAAAUAUGCGACGAAUAUGUUGGACUUUGAAACCAUACAGUAUCUGAAGGUCUAGAUUUACAAAUAGGUUUCGAUGAGGCUUCAGAAUAGGCUUUGCCAGUGAAGAAGUGGGAACCGUGUUUCCUGCCGCUGUGACAGACAUGUUCUGACGGGAGUGGGACGCACAGCGGGAUGAAGGCGGUGUUCAGGAGCAGAAGACGGCGGCUUUGCUGCUGUGGAAUGGGAAUGCUCGCUGUCCUCGCUCUCACACAACUGUUUCGCUUGACAGAGACAGAUCCCCUCAAGGAUUCACCUUCCACCUGGGUCUCACGCAGACUGAUGCAAGAGAGAGGAGAGAACCAGACUUACAAACCACCCCAUGCACCGAUCCAGGAGUUCCCGGAGGACAUCUUCACCAAGGAGCAACGGAAGCACGGGGCGGUGCUGCUGCAUGUGCUCUGUGCCAUCUACAUGUUCUACGCUCUUGCUAUAGUCUGCGAUGAUUACUUUGUCCCUUCCCUGGAGAAGAUAUCAGAGAACCUGCACCUCAGUGAGGACGUGGCAGGGGCAACCUUCAUGGCAGCUGGAAGCUCUGCCCCUGAGCUCUUCACUUCUCUGAUUGCCGUGUUCAUCACUCAGGGAGAUGUGGGCGUGGGCACCAUCGUGGGCUCUGCAGUCUUCAACAUCCUGGUCAUCAUCGGGGUGUGUGGAAUCUUUGCAAGACAGACUGUCUCUUUGACCUGGUGGCCUCUUUUCCGGGAUUCUCUCUUCUACAUCUUCUCUGUGCUUGCCUUAAUCGUGGUCAUCUAUGAUGAAAGAGUUGUCUGGUGGGAGUCUGUUUUUCUGGUUUCCAUGUACGGAGUGUACAUCCUCAUAAUGAAGUUUAACCUCCCGAUCUGGAAGUUUGUGGAGCGCCACUGUGGGCAUCCUGAGCAGUGCUGUGUCAGAACCAGCCGCCUCCCAGACAGAGAGCUGGCAGAGGGGGGGGAGAACUGCGACACUUCGGAUGUCCUCCUCAGGAAGGGUCAGUGUGGUGGGCAGGAGUCUCCUGUGAUGAUGGUGGAUGAGCUCAUGAGCCUCCACCCUCACCAGCUGUCCUUCUCUGAGGCUGGUCUGCGGAUCAUGAUCACUCCCCACUUCUCCCCUCGAACCCGCCUUACCAUGGCCGGCCGCAUGCUAAUCAAUGAGAGACAGCGGCUCAUCCGCAGCCCCGGGGGAAGCAGUGACAGUGACGGGGGGGCGGGGGAGUCCCCGGUGAAACCCAGCGGAUCCGGGUUUAGGGUGGACGACUCUCUGGUUAUAGAGAAUGGAUGCAGCCCUGAGAAUGAGAUGCUGUCACUGGAGGAGGCGGGGAGGGGGGAGGCCGAUGAGACUGAGGGGGCAAAGGGGGAGUCAAAUGUGGAGAGUGCCUGUCCUAAGGAAGAGGAAGAUGAUGACGAAGACAUAUUCAGGCCCCUGAAGAUGCCAAGGGGCGGCUGCACUCGGGUGAGGUGGCUGGUGUCCUGGCCGCUGUCCUUACUGCUGUACUGCACUGUGCCCAACUGUGUGCUGCCGCGUUGGCACCGCUGGUUCAUGGUCACGUUCGUGGCCUCCACACUGUGGAUCGCCGCCUUCUCCUACCUCAUGGUGUGGAUGGUCACCAUAGUCAGUGACACUCUUGACAUCCCCGCCUACAUCAUGGGCAUCACCUUCCUGGCAGCGGGCACCAGUGUCCCUGACUGCAUGGCCAGUCUCAUCGUUGCCCGGCAAGGAAUGGGGGACAUGGCUGUGUCCAACACCAUCGGCAGCAAUAUCUUUGACAUCCUUCUGGGGCUGGGCUUCCCCUGGACUCUGCGCACUCUAGUGGUCAACUUCAACUCAACAGUCUGCAUCAACAACAAAGGGUUGGUGUAUUCCGUCAUCCUGCUGCUUGCUUCUGUCUUUCUCACAGUGUUGAGUGUACAUCUGAACCACUGGAAGUUAGACAAGCGCUUGGGCUUUAGCUUGAUAUUUCUCUAUACCAUUUUCCUUCUCUGCUCUAUACUGUUCGGAUUGUAAAGUAUCCAGCGCAGAAGACAGUUCUACAUUUUCUGCUUGUUAUCGUCUUUGUUGGGAAACCAUUAAGACAGUUUUACCAUGCAUGUACACAGACACAAAAUGGUGUACCACUCCAUUCUGGUGGAAAAGGAAGCUGUAAAUGUUUUGUUAUUUUCUCUCAAUAUUGUGUCGUCCUGCUGAUUUUAGAUUAUUUUUUAAUUCAAUAACAAGAUACUGUUUAAACAUUUAAUAAUCAAUUUAUUUCUGAACCCUCAUUAUCUGUCUGAUCUCUUCAAGGGUGGGGAAAAUUAGGAGUAAUACGGUAAUGGUCCGGCCAUAUCUACAAAAGCACAGAAUAAGUAUGUUGUGCAGUAGGAGUUCUGGGAAAAUAAAUAUAUCAGCAGGCAGGUACGCUAACGUACUUUGAAGGCAUUUAGCACAAAUCAUUUUAACCAGCUUCCCAGUUGCAGUGACACUUUAAUCUUUAACACUGACCGGUUUCCCAGCUCUUUUGUAAAGGAUUGGUCAUGGUAAAGGCACGUAUGAAGCUGAAGAUGAAGAUCAUGCAAGAGCUGAUAUGUUUUGGUGCCGACAUGAAAGCCAAAUCCAGCUGAUGUGGUUUAUCGAUCAUUUCUGCUUCAUCGCCGCUCCAUAGUUCCCUUUUGGCACUGAUCGUGAAAGUACAAAACACUGAAACUUUUAAUUAUAUUCAGAGUAGUGUUGUUGCUAUUUAAUGUGUUUCUAAAGUGAAUGAAUGCUGCCCACUUUUGAUGACUGGUGUACAGGUUUUAAUAUUAUUCACCACCUUUAGAUACGAUUAUAGUUUUGAGACAAAGAUGAGAUCUCAUGGUAUAAUUAUAGGUGUGUAUUAAUAUUAUCAUUAUUUAGGAAGUCAACAAAGCCUCACCAAAUUUUCGCUAAAGUUUUGCACAAUGUUUUACAGACUUUUAUAAGAUUAAAGAUCGGUGUGAGAGUAGACUUAUUUGUGUUUUUUAUUUUAUUUUAUAAUAACCAAAAUGUGUGGAUUAUCUCCCUAAUUUUUUUUUUAACCAUUUUUGCAUGUUUUUGCUACAGGGGUAUAGUAAAACUACACAUAGGUAUGCUGCCCUUGCCACCCAUGCCAUCACACAAUAAAUAAACUCAUUUUUAUUUAAACCGGAGUGAAGUUAGAAUGCACUGAGUCACUUGUUAAGCCACUAUUUAAGUAGAACAGUGAGCUACAACAGCAUGUUCACAUUCUAAGUAUGACUGAAAAAGGACAGGACAGAACCGGGCUGAUUUUUUUUUUUUUUUUUUCAUUAGAAGCCGAAUAAUAACCUAAGCAUUUUAUUCCGCUGUGGUUCCAGCUUAGCUCUGGUGUUUGUUUUAAUCAUGCUGGACAUUUAUUGUAUUGUAAUAAUAUAAAGGAAGUUAUGGCAGAGGAAAUAAAGGAUUUUUUGUGUUACUACUGUUGGAGAAGUAGAGUAAUAGAGUCCCUGUUUUAAAGCCAGACUUUUCAGUUUGUCAUCUGUUUCUGUGGCUGAGCUUAAAGCUUCCGUCCUUUCACGACUGAUGCCACGCUGUUGGACACUGAGAUGAGUGGGGGUGUUGGAAUGUGUGUGUGUAAGUGUCUCGGUUUCUGUUUCAUUUUUGUUCAGCUUCUGAACUGACCUAAGGACUUAUCUUUCCUGCAUCCUGGCAUACACGUGACAUUUUCUUGUCUUUGUAAUAUUCUGACAUUUUUUUUCCAGUGUCAUGUUCCGUUCAUGAUUUGUAUUUUCUCUGGGGUAGGGUAUCCCAGAAAUGUGUAAACCAAAGUGAGUAUCUGAAGGACAUGGCUGGUGUUUGCAAUAGGUGGCCAAAUUAAUCCCCAAGAUAACAACUCAAGAUAUAACAAGUUAACAACAAGCUCUGUUUUUCCUCCUCAGAUAUGAAAAAGCUACUUUAGUAUUUUCCAGGAACAAUAGUCAUUGGCGCUUUUAAAUCAGGACCCUGUCUACUUUCAUAUGCCUUGUGUGUCCCAAUUGUGAGAUGGCCGCUCUAGUACAGUGCUUUUUGCUUUCCGUACUGAUUGCAGUUCUGUGCAAGAGCACAGCACUGAAAGAAGCCCUUCUCAAGUAAUCAGUCAGAUUAACUGAGUGAUCAAAUGUUUAUGCACCUGCUGCAGUUUGGAAUGAAUUUGAAAUAUCAAGUGACUGUCCUAAUACAUGAUUAGUAGGGAUGAGUGAUGGAGCCUCUGUGACUUGAAAAAAGACAUGACUGCAUGAUUAUAAGCAAGGCUGGGUUUGUGAAGUGUGCUAGAACACAGAAGUACAGAAACAUAUAAUUAUAUAAUGUUGUGUUCUUAAAGGACAGUAUUAAGCAAGGGAUUGCUUCAGUAAACAUACAGUGGUACAAAAGGAUAGCAUGAAAACAUGGAAUUCACUAAUGAUAAGGGUGUCUACAUAAACUUCUGAUUGUGUGAAACCAAAAAAAAAAAAAUGAUCCACCAAGAUUUGUUUUUGAGUUUUUUUUUUGUGUGUUUUUCUGGUCUCAUUAUUUUUAUUUAGUUAUAUGUUUUUCUUCUGGCUGAAGUGAUGGCUGUACAAAAAUACUCAAGCUCUGGAAAAAUGGUAAAGGUAUGGCAUUUUAUAAAAGGUGUCACUGUCAGCCAUGCUGUCAGCUGAACAUCUGUCCAUUGUUUUGCUAUAGAGAAGAGAACAGACAAAUUGAAAAAUGCACCCUGGAUUCUUACAGAAGGAAGCAGCAUUGAUAGUGAUGACAAAACUAAUAAACCUGAAUGACUUAAUGAAUUAUUUGACGGCUUGUUCGCAAGGAAUAUUUUUGAGCUUUGGCUGCAUUAACCCCUUUGAAUAUAACAUGGUUGUUUUUUACCCUUUUAUGUGAUGUUUGCAUUCAUUUACAGAAGUUUUACUGUAUGUUGUUGAGUGCAAUAAAGUCUGUGCAAUAACUUGGAAUAGUCA